ACUCAAUUGUCACAGCCAGAAAGUCGUCCAUAAUGCACCCUUUCUCCAAGCCACUUUCUCUCAUUGCAUCCAGACUCCGCCCCUGUUCCCAUCAGGUUGGUACUCCACUGGGUUCUGGUCGAAAGAUGCUACAAACCAAGUCAAUGCGAAGUUUCAGUGGGGGGGAGAAAAUUCGGCAGUACCAGGGAGAUACCCAUGAUCAGCAAGGUCGCUCAAAGGAGGACUCUGAUGUCCAAGAUAAAAUGACCUAUAUUCAAUAUCUUGGUUCUUACGCAAACCUUGUUCAGCGCUACCAGGACCAGCUUAUCAAUCAAGACAAUCAGGGCGGCCAGCAGAAGGAUCCACCUGAAAGCCCUAUUGUAUGUCCGACCUCCUUGAUAUCUGGCAUGGAUCUAACCUCUACAUAGACCGGUGAUUGUGCUAGGAGUGCUUCGAGGACGAAGAUUAGCAGAAUAAUUAACAUCCGCGGGGCCAUAGGUAUACAACCCCGAUUCUUACAUAUUGACUCAGCACUAACCUUCCAGUUUAGAACGCACUGUCCGGCAUGCUGUCUGUAUUAAAAAGCUUAAAGAAUAUCGGGGGAUGCAGUGCGGCCUUAGCGAGCUAGCUCACAAGCCCGAAUUUAUCCGACUUCUGCAAGCAGAAGCAAAAGCCCGUAAGCUUAAGCCCGAUGAAAUUACCACUUGUGCCCACAACCUAUACGACGAAUUAUCGAAGCACGUCCACGGUAAGGAAGGCGCCCCCAUUACUAUACGAGCCACCGACUUUCCUGUUAACGAACGGGCUGCGCUGGCUGCGUUCAUGACGCUUCUGAAGAGGUCGGAGGUUUCAUUGAAGUGGAAGGAAGUGCCGGCCGAAGAAGAGCGUGGGAGGUAGAUGUUUGUAUCCGGUGUCCAGGUUAUGUUCUUCUAUGUCUGCUGCAGCAGCUUCUACUCUAUAUGUGCUGGUUUAAAAGAGCCCGCUCGUUUUCUAAUUUGUCGCCAUACAGUGCUUCCAAAGUCUUUCUUAUCCCAGAACCAUAGGCUCGCUUAUUACCGCCACUGCACAGGAUAAUCCCAAAGGGGCAUGUAGUCUCACGGGACCAAACUCUGGAACUUGCGUAACACCUGCUUGUUCUAUCCAUGAGGGGCAAUCAUCAAAAUCAAAAACCACGAUGCGGAUCUCACAGCCAGCCGGGGGGUUCAAGAGGCAGUGGGAGAAGAUCAGGCACGGGCUUAAGGCGUAG